AUGUCCUCUACUUUACCCUUCUUUCGUCAAUGUCCUCCUGGCCUUGGUGGAAAUGGCUGUGAAGAGGCUACAUGCAAUUCUACCUUUGUCGACCCUACAUUACGAAUUCUCAAAUCAGCCAAUAGUACUGCAUGUAGUAAGUGCGAUGAUGGCUUCGGAGGCUUAAAUUGCAAUAUCUGCAAAGGUCUUGAUUCUUGCGAUAUUCGUCAAACGCAAGUCAAUCGAGGCGUAAAGGGUGUCGCCAAAUCUUCUUCCGCUCAAGGUCAAAGCAACGGUCUGGCCAACUACAGUAUCAACAAUACAUUAACGUGCAACAAUCAGCCACGAGCAAUUACUGCUUCCUAUUUGCAAUGUGAUGUCGAACAAGCCACGCUUUCGGCUUUGUUCCCUGGCAAUCUCACAAUUACAGGGAUCAAAGUGGCCAACGUACCCAACUUUACCGCAACAGGUAUGGCAGAAUGGGAUGCGGUGUCCAAUUCAUCCUACUUAUCCGUUUUUUUGGAUGGCGUUGAGCAAUUUUAUUGUCAAGCUGAAAAUUGCGCGAGUAGCAACACUACUGACCACGUGCAAUCUUCAACGGCUCAAUGGGGAACAGAUUUGUGGCAUUGUUCCUCUUUCUCAUGUUCUUGCAUCGAAACAGCAAAGAUUUGCUCAAACCCUUCUUUUCCACUUGCAAGUAUCAUCAACAGUAUCGGAGGCUCUUUGGAUUUCCCUUGCGAUUUUGUAGAUCCAAACAAUCCCUUUGGCCAAACUCAAUGCAAAUUGAGCACAGCUGAGCUUAACAAGUUUGUUGGGCCUGACGGUCUUGCAUUACGUCAAUGCUCUUAUGGCAGUUGUGUUUCUCAGUAUGACCUCGAACAAGAUUGGCAAAAUUCCUUCUUGCAACGUCAGUCAGAACAAUCUGGAAGUCUUUCGAACGGUGUGAUCGCAGGAUUGGCUAUCUUGGGCGCUUCUUUGGCCGUCUUUUUGGUCACUCUAGCGUUUGGAUAUUAUCUACGAAGGAAGGCUUCUCUUUUGCAACGUAUUGAUGAUCGUUCUGCUAUUGGUCUUGCUUGGAAAGAGAUUCAUUAUCAUGCCGAUUCAGCUAAAAGCACUACAUUUAUGCACAAAGUUCCUCGUGAACGUAUUCAAUUGAAAGAAUACAACAGUGAGCAUCCAUCGAAUCUUUUGCCGAGCUCUCGCGGCCAAUACCAUAUCUUGCGCGGCAUCACUUCUUAUGCUCUCCCUGGAACGUUGAACUUCAUCAUUGGUCCAAGUGGUGCAGGAAAGAGUUCUUUGGUAGAUGUUCUUGCCGGAAGGGAAAAAGUUGGAACAGUAACAGGCAAAUUGUCAUGGCUGAGCAAGAAUGAAUCACACAAUGGAUUUGAGCAUCGUUUGAUUGCUGUUGUAGACCAAGACGAUUCGAUCAAUUUGCCAGGAUUCAUGACAGUUCGGGAAGCCCUUCAAUUUGCUGCAGAACUGAGUGUUCCGGAGAAUGUGCCAAAACAUGAAAGAGUACGGAUCGUUGAUGAAACGCUACAGAAGUUGGGCUUAAGCCAAAUCGCCAAUCAUCGCAUAGGUGAUGCCAGAAGUCGAGGCAUUUCUGGCGGAGAACGUAGAAGGCUUAGCUUAGCCGUUGCUCUCGUUGGCCAGCCAAAAAUAUUGAUUGCUGAUGAAUGUACGAGUGGACUAGACGCAUUCUCUGCACAAAAGGUGAUAACAGCUUUACGUGAUCUCGCUUGUGGUAUCAACGGUGGAACGACAAUCAUUGCCACUUUGCAUCAACCUUCGUCUCAAAUAUUCGAUUUGGCAGAUCGUGUGAUUCUGCUUAGUCGAGGUCAAACUUUAUUCGAUGGUCCUCCAUCUGCAUCGCUUGACUUUUGCGAAAAGUCUGGAGUACCGGUACCGAGAGGACACAAUGUUGCAGAUCAUAUGCUCGCUUUGGCAUUCGAAGGUCCAGAACAUCAAAAACAUCUUCGAGACACUGUACUUCCGGAUGAUUUUGUUCAAUCUGCUUUGCCUAUCAAUCAUGGCUCUCGUGGCUCUCAGACUGUUACAACGUUUAUCACCCAAUUGCAUGCCCUUACAGCAAGAUCUUUACUCAUGACCAAACGGGAAAAAACUGGUGCGAUCGCUCAUAUUCUUGGAUCUGCAAUCGUUUCGGUUUUCAUUGGUGCAUGUUUCUUCAAGGUGAAAUUGGAUUUGGGUGGCUUUCAAAACCGAGUUGGAUCGAUGUUCGUAAUGACAAUCUUGAUCUUAUUUUCAAGCCUUUCUGCCGUGGUAGGAUUGGCAAAAAUGCGUUUAUUGAUGAUGCGGGAACGGGCUAAUGGUUUAUACUCGCCCUGGUCUUGGGUUGCUGCCCACUUGACGUAUGAAUUGGUCCUUUUACGUGCCAUUCCGACAAUCUUGAUGGUUUGCAUCAUUUACUGGAUGGUAGGAUUACGAUCGUCUGCCAGUGAUUUCUUCCAGUUCAUUCUUAUCAUGGUAGUGUUCGCAUGGGUGAUUGCAAUCUACAAUAUGAUCUUGGCUGCUUAUAUUGAAGAUUUAUCAACAGCAAUCUUGCUCGCUGCGGUUUAUAUCCUUUUCAACAUCUUUAUGGCGGGCUUCGUGAUGUCUUUGAAUAGCAUGCCAUCCGUUGUGAAAUGGCUAAGGUGGAUCGUUCCGUCCAAAUAUGCGCUUGAGGCAGUUGCAGACAACCAACUGCAAGGAUUACAAUUCAUUGAUACGUUUGCAGGCGUGCCUGUUCGAACGGAUGUGUCAUUGUUUGCCAAUAAGCUAUUCGGCUUUGAGGAUGGCGCUUAUUAUCGAGAUUUGAUCGUUUUAGCUUGCGGUUUCUUGAUUGGUUUUAGCUUUUUGUUGUUCCUCGCAGUCUGGUGGCGCAUGCGGGAGCUUCGAUAAGCGGGAGCUCAGGCAGAUCUAGCUAGAUAUCGAACCUAUCUCUCCUACAACAUCAAAAUUCUUCCAAGAUGAAUGCAAUGAUGAAUGUACACUUUGUGUUUCAGUCAAUACUGUGCUUCUCAACAAGGGAUCGAUGAUGUCAAUUUCAGAAAAGUGAUUCAUACAGCUGUUUAUAUAUAGAUAAGAAUGUAAUCGUGGCUUCAAGGCAAUGAUGAUGAAUGAAGGC